AUGUCGCGUGGUAAAAUCAACGCGCCGUCGGGAGUAACCCUCCCUGAAGAACUUAUCGUCCAAAUCCUAUCACUCCUCACCGUUAAAUUUCUCAGACGGCUCAAAUGUGUGAGCAAAUCCUGGAACUCCCCCAUCUCCGAUUCAUUCUUCAUCGGCAUGCAUCUCAAGAAAUCAUCGCGAGUUCCACACAUCGUGUUUUGCCCGCGUGAUUUGUCAACUAGAUCCACAAUCAACCUACUCAAUCCCUUCCACGUACACCGGAAACCCUCGAUCAACACCUUCAGUCUCCCUUUUGAUUCUAAAUAUCUCUAUACUAUAAUUGGCUCUUGCAAUGGAAUCAUCUAUUUGGUCGAUUAUUCUCUAUCCUACAGAAAGUUCUACCUCUUGUUAUGGAACCCAGCAACAAGGUUUUUCUCCAAAAUGCUAUGCAGUUUUUACCAUUAUGAACGAAAACUGAAUUCAAAGUUAGAGUUCGCAUUUGGUUAUGAUAAUGUAAGCCACAAAUAUAAGGUGGUGGCCUUUGCGCGUGGCAACGAUUUCAGUGUUUUCACUAUAGAAGAUUACGUUUGGGGAAAUAUUCAAACUUUUCCCACUCAUCCUUACCGUUUUACUCCUCUGUAUAAUAGUCGCGCUGUUUAUGUGAGUAAUAGUCUUAAUUGGUUUGCUCUUCGUAACGACGUUGAUUCUAGUAAUUUUAUUUCUAAGAUUUUUACUGUUGACGAACUGGUGAUUAUCUCACUUGAUUUGGGAACGGAGACAUACAAACUAUUUAGGUUUACAUUCCUUCUGGAUUUUGAUGAAGUGGUAGUUGUUGAACCAAAUGUUUGCGUGCUGAUGGAAUGUCUUUGUUUUUCUCAUUCUUCAAAAGGGUAUAAUUUUCUUGUAUGGCAAAUGAAAGAAUUUGGAGUUGAAGAGUCUUGGAUGAAAUUGCUUGAAGUUGAUUAUUGUAAUCUCCUUCAUGGCACCUAUGCUGGCAAUGGAAUUGUUAAUUUGUUUCCAUUACAUGCUUUUGAGAAUGGAGAUAUGUUGAUAAUGGUAAUCAUGAUUCAACGACUAAUUCUCUAUAGUAGGAGAAAUAAUUGUUGA